UGGAGUGCGGGAGUGUGUAGUGUGUAGCGGAGUGAAAAGAAAUGGAGAGAAGUGGAGGCGAGGAGAGCAGCAACAAGAGCCAGAAGUGCGUGCGAAUAUCGAAUUGACAUCGAAGCUCCGUUAAAGCACGCGCACAAUGGAUUGUUAUUGUGGCCGCUGAAAACGAGAAUGAAACAAUAAAGCUAACUGUAAAAUACAUAUACAUACAUACAUACAUACAUAUAUUCGAGUAGGUAUAGUCUCUCCAGCAAUCAGCAGAAGUGGCACACCAAAAGGCCGCGAGAAUAUAAACAGAAACAGAAAUCGAAAACGAAAAUAAAGAAAAAUACAACACCCAGAUCUGAAGAUCUGAAGAUCUAAAGAUGAUUACUCAGUCGCUCGGGUGGAUUCUGUGGCUGGUGGCUAUCGGUGGCUGUCACCUGAUUAGCGGCCAGCAGCUGCAGGGACCGCCGCCCCGUCCCCGGGGACGGAUACGCAUUUCGGAUAUGCAAGCGCAGAUUCCUGGCCCAGACCCAAUGCUACGGAGCUGGCCCAGCCUCGCCGGAUCAGUGCCCGUGAGCUCCACGGUGCACACUCACAUUCCGCUGCUGCGGGAGGAGAGUGCCAGGCCAGCCACGCCCAGGCAGGAGGCGUCGGUGGUGUACGGCAACUGGAAGCCGGAACAUCCAGAGAAUCCCUACGAGGCAGACGCGGAGCAGCAGCCCAAGGAGCGAGUCUACGGCCGUUUGGAGGCCAUGCUGAUGGGAAUGCCAGCGGAAGGCACUGACACGAAGCCGUCCAGAUCCAUCGAGGAACAGCUGGUACCCAUCGCUCCUGGAGACUAUCAGGGUCCAGAGUUAGCGCGUCCCGCCAGCUUCGAGCGCUCGCCGGAGAAGCACGGCCGACGGCGCAUAACCUCCCAGCAGUCGCCGCACCAGUUCGAAGUGGUGAAGAUGAAUGCCACCGAUCCGCUGCUCAGGGCCAUGGCCAAGCAAAUCAAUGAAUCUGUGGAGACGACAACGGGGGAGGGACGACGUCCUUCCCAAUCCACCACGGACGACAACUGGAUGCCUCUGCCGUAUCCCUAUCCGUAUGACACCACAGUGCCGGCUCCAUCGGCAACCAGCUCCUCGAGCUCGAGCCUGCCGCAGUCAUCCGUGGUGCACUCUCCGGCGCCCACUCAAGCCACGAGGUCAACAACGGUCUCGCUCAACUGGCCCACCGAUUUCAUCGACAGCUCCGCCAACAGCGCCAACAGCGCCAACAGCGCGAGCACCGAACCGGAGCGCGUCGAUGCCAAUCUUGGCAUGAGCAUUGACCGACGCGACGAUAGCGUUGGAGAUUCCCUGGAUGACUACAAGUACUACGAGGACUCCCUCAACUCCGCCCAGAUGCACAGCGAGCUGAGUGUGCCGGAGACGCUGGUGCCGCAGCGGCCGCUGAAUAUAACCCGCGUGGGGAUACCCUUCGAGGAGCGGAACGCGGCCGAGGAGCCCACCAUAUGCGUGCCCCUGACCGUCACAGAGACGUCUCUGGCCUCGGACAGUGCCACGCCACUGGUAUUGGAGGUUGAGCGUGUCUACUGCUUUCCCCUGCCCAAAGUGGAGGUCCGUACGGGCAGCGGCAGCGUCAUACGGCAACAGGUGGAGCAGAUAACAAGGUCGAGUCUGGGAGAAAUCCCCGAAAUGGAAAUGGAGCCCACGGAGCAGCCAAUGCCAACCGAUGUGACAGCUGGCGCUGCCAGCCAGAGCACCCGCUCCAUGACGCUACUCUUCCUCCUCCUCCUUCAUAUCGGCUACCGUAGCAGGCCAAGGAUUUGGAUUUAGAACUAGAAUUAACACAGAUCAAUAACAAUAAAUAACUCAGGGGCUAAUCAUAAUAUACAA